GUUCCCGCCGCUCCCGCCGGCGGCGAGCCCUGUCUCGAGGGUCCAGCCCGCGCUUUUCCGUCAGUCACGGGGGCCGCGCUCCGGGAAGCCCGGGUAACGCCGAGGGCGGGGCCCAGCAGCGCUGGAGUCAAGGCGGGGGCUGGACCUCGCUCCGCAGCACCCGGGGAGUGUCUGUCAAGCCAGCGGUGAAGCCCCAGGAAGGAGCUCCAUCUGCGCGCUUGCACCUCCGAUUCGUGUAGCCAGUGGGGCAGGUCCGCCGCUGACCAAGCUGUCGUUACUCUUACAGGAAACCGUGAGCAGAAGUGUGUGAAGUGCAAGGAAGGCCCACCUGUGGUGGUGAUUCGAGCAGGAGACGCCUUCUGCAGGGACUGUUUCAAGGUGUUUUACGUCCACAAGUUCAGGGCCAUGCUUGGAAAGAACCGACUGAUCUUUCCGGGAGAAAAGGUGCUCCUGGCAUGGUCUGGGGGGCCUUCGUCCAGCUCCAUGGUCUGGCAGGUCCUGGAGGGCCUGAGUCGAGAUUCUGCCAAGAGGCUGCGUUUUGUGCCAGGAGUCAUCUACGUCGACGAGGGAGCAGCCUGUGGCCGGAGCCCCGAAGACAGAGCCAGAACUCUGGUGGAGGUGGAGCAGGUCCUGCAGAGAGUCGGCUUCCCGAGCCAUGUGAUCGCCCUGGAAGAGGUGUUUGGCUUGCCACCGUCUGUGCUACGCUGCUUUGCCCAGGAGCCAGAGUCGGUGGGGACCGAGGGUGCCUACAAGGCGGCCGUGGACAGUUUCCUCCAGCAACAGUGUGUGCUGGGGGCAGCGGGGGAGGAGCCCUGGAGCCAGCCCCGCCCCCAGGGCCCCCAGAGCCUGGCCGGGCCCCCCACAGCUGUGCAGACCGAAGCUCUGUCCGGACUGUUCGAUUCAGUGAAGACGCUGACGGCCAAGGAGGAGCUUCUGCAGACACUGCGGACCCACUUGAUCCUGCACGUGGCCCGGACUCAUGGCUACUCUAAGGUGAUGGCAGGGGACAGCUGCACCCGCCUGGCCGUGAAGCUCAUGACCAGCCUGGCACUUGGGAGAGGGGCCUUCCUCGCCUGGGACACGGGCUUCUCGGACGAGCGGCAUGGUGACGUGGUGGUGGUGCGGCCAAUGCGUGAGCACACGCUGAAGGAGGUCGCCUUCUACAACCGCCUGUUUGCCGUCCCAUCUGUCUUUACACCGGCCGUCGACACCAAGGCCCCCGAGAAGGCCAGCAUCCACCGGCUGAUGGAGGCCUUCCUGCUCAGGCUGCAGGCCCAGUUCCCCUCCACCGUCAGCACCGUGUACAGGACAAGUGAGAAGCUGGUCAAGGCCCCCAGGGACGGCUGUGCUGCCAGCCCCCCUGGCCCCCGCUGCCUGCUCUGCCUGUGCACCCUGGACGUCGACAGUGCUGACAGUGCCACGGCUUUUGGGGCUCAGACCUCAUCACAUCUCUGCCAGAUGCAGGCCCCCGGCCCACAAGCUGAGGCCGGGACGCCCACCACCCUCUGCUGUUGUCCAGGGCUGGGCGGUGCCCAAGGCUGCUGUGCGAGCCCUCCCUGGACUCCCUGCCGCCCUACAUCCUGGCCGAGGCCCAGCUCCGCAGCCAGAGGGCCGGGGGCGAGCAGGAGAUCCAAGCGUAUCUGCUGGGGGACCGCGAUGAUGAGGCGCUGCCCGGUGGGAGCUGAGGUGCGAGCGCUUGGGCCUCACCCUACACGGAACGGGCAGGCAAGGACAGGCAGGCUGCCUGUGGUUGUCCACAUGUAUAAAUAAAAACGUUUUAAUUAGAAAA